CCUUGGCGUAAGUAGAUCUUUGUUCGUCACAGUAAAAAAAUGCUGUACCAAAAUGUAGCUGACUGUGCAUAACCUAUCGAUUUAUAACUAACUUUAGGCUGGUGGUAUGAAUCAUUGCAAUGUCCAUCUAUUUGCCACCCAUAAGUGUGGCUGUGGGAGCAAGUGAAGACGGUCUCCUUGACCAGGACUGUCGCCAGAAAUGAAGAGCCAACAAAAAAGCCCUGAUGCAGAUGGGAGUACUACUGCCAACGAAGAAGGCUCAGUCGCCACUGCAGAAGAUCCAGCUGCAAUUGCAGCUAUCCAAUCUGCCUCCACAUUCACAGAUCAACCCAUCAAAUACUUAUUCAAGACAGAGGGAGGAGUUGGACAAGUAACAUACAGAGUGAUCCAGGUGUCUGACAGCCAGUUAGAGGGUCAGGCAGAUGGAGGUGCGGCAGUGAGUCUGGUCACUGGUUUCCCUGCAACCACUCAAGCUGUCACACAAGCUGUCUUCUCCCAGUCAGAAGGGCUUGAAGGAGAUGGCACCACUGAGACACAGUACACAUACUAUCCUGCCAGCAUCGCUGACGCCACAACGGGGACCAUGGUGACCACAGUGCAGGCAUCUGACACGUUGCUCAGCCAGACUACACCCACGGGGCAGCUUUAUGUGAUGAUGUCACCCCAGGAAGUUUUGACAGGAUCCAGUCAAAGGACAAUUGCACCUCGCACUCAACCAUACAUAGCAAAACAAGAGGCUCCUCGUGGUUCCAGGGAUGAGAAACGCCGUGCGCAGCACAACGAAGUUGAGCGUAGACGUCGGGACAAAAUCAAUAACUGGAUCGUGCAGCUAUCGAAGACAAUACCGGACUGCAACAUUGAUUACACCAAGACGGGACAGAGUAAAGGGGGAAUAUUGUCCAAAGCCUGUGACUACAUCAAAGAACUCCGACAGAGCAACCUGAAGUUGGGGGAAGAUCUCAGCGCCCUUGAUCGACUUAGGAUUGACAAUCAGCUUCUCCGACAGGAGGUAGAAGACUGGAAAUCCAAGAAUCAGAUCCUGAGGAAUGUGCUACGUCAGCAUGGAAUUGUGGGAUCAUCCAGUACGGACCCGCAGUGAAAAGCCUUUGAGGAGCAGCUUUUGGAAGACAACCGCACACGGGCCAAAACAGUACUUGAAAUGCUUUGAAUGAGACUCGUGAGGCUUGUCAAGCGUGCAUGAAAUAAUUGAAUAUUGUCCUAAAUAUUCAACCCAUUGUCUGAAAAUGACACCUUUAAUAUUUUUAAGGGUUUAAAAGUACUUAUUUUAUGCCAAUCUUCACCUGAAAGCGAUGAACCGAUCGUCAAAUACCUUCCUCCUACAGCUGUGAGUUCAGCAGUCUCUUUAGAAAACUCCAUGUGAUUGAUGACUGACUGACGGCCUUUCCACAUUGCACUUAGCAACCCGCAGUGCGCAUUGAGCAAACCAUUCAUUGUUUAUGUGCUAUAAGGACGGAACAUCGCGUUGCACAAAGUGGGUGCCUGCUGACGUCGCUGUAGUACCACUCUCAAAUUGAAAAAUUAGGGGGUUGCGGGGUGAUUUCAGAGUGCUAACAGCAGGACUACCCUCCCUGUUACUUUCAAGUAUUCUCUGUUGCUACACAAGCACUUAUAAAUACUGGCACGCUUGGUGUUGCGCACUACCCCCAAAAAAACAAGUGCAGUGUGAAAAGGCCUUAAUGCAAUGUUUAUAUUAUGUUCCUGUGGCAGUACAUACAUACAAACUCAACUCAACUGUAUUUAUAGAGCACUUUCAAACAGCCAUCGCUGUCUACAAAGUGCUGUACAUGGAGCAUUUAUACAACACACAUUCUCCAAAGCUACCUGGCAUCCAUGUAUCUGUAGAAAAUCUGAACAAUGUGAAAGAUGUGGGAUGGGAGUCGAAAACUGUUUCUUGUUGCAAACUGGUUCUCAGUUUUAAUUCCUUCGCAUCAUUUGCCGUUCUUGUAAACUAAUCUCUUACGCAUUUUAAUCAGGGCGCAUGACAUCACCACGCACGUUGCGUAGCAUUUACUAGCACGCCCAGUCAGAAACAUGGCACUGGAUGCUCAAAAGUUGGUUUACCUUUUACAAACUAGGUUAACAACAGGGUACUUUUCAAUACCCGCUCAUUAUAUUAGUUCAUGGAAGGGAGGAAACGCAACCAAUACCAAUAUCCAAAAGAAUUUACACACACAGCAAGCAAAAGCUUGACGGUCGCGCUUUUGAUCUGCUGCAGCGUGCACAACCUAGGAGCAGUGGCAGCGUAACGACAUCCUCUCCUGUCAAAACUCCAGGUAACUUUACUGCCAUUUCAAACUUAUUUCAAACCUUUUGCGUGAUGAGAGACGGAGGCUGACUCGCUCAUCGCCUGGCAGCACUCAGUUCAGUCUACCGCUAGCUAGCUUCUCCUUUCACCGAGGCAGGGCAGAGUGAGGUCCCAGAUCACAAAUGGACUUGAGUUGAUUUCAUUUGUCACUGGCUGACCAAGUUGAUUCAUAUCAUAUGUGAGUGGUGAAAUCUUACUGGACAUUAGGGGUGUUCGCACGGCAACAUCUACUCCGGUGUAGCACCGGUAGAGCGUUCACACGUACAAAGUUAUACCGGUGUAGCCCCUGAAAACAGCUUAAACCGGAGCAAAUUUAACCCUGCUCAGGAGGUGGUUUGAAAAUUUACUCCGGAGUAAAUGCUAGUUUUUGGGGUAGCACCGAUAUAAAAUGGGUUGUGUGAACGCUACAGGGGUAAGACUGGCUACACGUGAGAAGAGUUGAUUACAUACUGGUCGUGCAUAACUUGCAUCCUGAGUAUUUUGCACUUCUUUCCUUUUUCUCUCUCAUCCUUUUAUGGUGUCUGAUAGACCACACCGUUGAUUUGUCUGGAGAAGUAUAAACUAUGGUUUUUUGAUAUGUCACAAACAAGGCGCGGAAAAGGAAGUACACUUCACGCAUUUUUUUUCCGUAUUGCACGGCCUCAGAAACUGCCGUGUGAACGCAAGUGGGGCUGCACCGGCGUUAACACGCUUCUCUUUAUUAAGCAGCUUUAUAUGUGUGAACACGCCACAAAAAUUACACCGGUAUAAGAUGUAUCGCAACAAAAUACACCGGUGCAGCCCAGAAGCAAAUGUGUGCCGUGUGAACGCCCCUAUUGUGAUGUAAUUGCCACAGAAUAAUCAAGGUUGACUUUUAUCAAUUCCCACAGAAUACCACCCACACAGCAUCAAGGAGUCCUAGUAUGUGGACCUCUUCAGACCACACCGUUAGGUUUUUAAGGUCAUAUUACUUUUUAAAAUGUAGCUUGUUUACAAAUAGAAGUGUAAGAAAAAGUGAAUGCUGAUCUACCCCCCCCCCCCUCCAAAAAAGUAUCAAUAAGAGAGUGAAUAAAACAUUGGAUCGUUCAACAAACGUGAUAAUGGAAUCGGAAUUGUAAAAAUCUAUAUUCCCCAUCCCUAUGUCAGACCUUGAUUAGAAUGUGAUAACCAUGAGGGGGACAUACUGGCAUCCGGAGUGCGUCUUUCGGACUCACGGCCUCUCAUGGUUACUGUGCCAAGCUCCGAGAAAACUUAACGUAGAAUUUUUUGUUGUUGUUGUUUCAGCAAAAUGGGGCUGCACAGAAACAUAAUGUAAACUUAGUAUAACGACUUAUUUCUCCAGUUUUCUUCAUAUGCUUGCGUUAUUGUCUCCAAACUACUGUGUAUAUGUCUUUUAUCCAUAUUGAUUUGUGACACCGUUCUGAGUUUGUAUAACUUUUUGCUUUGUAUUAAUAUUUGCAUUUAAUCUUUUACCUUGCCAUUUUAUUUAGCCUCACGUGGAUUGUAAGCACAUUGUAACAAUGUAACAGGAUACAUGCAACUGAGGACAGUUAAAUCUGGAUAAAGUAGGUGGGCAGCAAUAAAGGUGUUUCUUAUGUUCCUUUCA